CACAUCUCUCUCUCUCUCUCUCUCUCUGGAACCCCUUGUCUUCACUUCUCCUCUCAUUUCUUCAUCUCCUUUAUUCCUCCACGGUUUUCCUGUCCAUUGCUAGCUACAUGUCCGCCGCCGUAGCAGCCGCCGCAGCCGCGGGAUCCAUGGUGAGUAACUCCACCAGCAGCGGCUCCUCCUCAUCAGGAUCAGGCACCAACGACCACCACCACCACCACCAGUACUACCAGGUGGCGGCAGUGGCGCCGCAGCAGCAGCAGCCGCUGAGCCGCUACGAGUCGCAGAAGCGGCGGGACUGGAACACGUUCGGGCAGUACCUGAGGAACCACAGGCCGCCGCUGGCGCUGUCGCGGUGCAGCGGGGCCCACGUGCUGGAGUUCCUCAGGUACCUGGACCAGUUCGGGAAGACCAAAGUCCACACCCCCAACUGCCCCUUCUUCGGCCACCCGCACCCUCCGGCCCCCUGCCCCUGCCCGCUCAAGCAGGCCUGGGGCAGCCUCGACGCGCUCAUCGGCCGCCUCCGGGCAGCCUUCGAGGAGAACGGCGGGCUGCCCGAGACCAACCCGUUCGGGGCACGCGCCGUUAGGCUGUACCUGAGGGAAGUGAGGGACGAGCAGUCAAAGGCCAGGGGGAUCACCUACGAGAAGAAGAAGCGGAAGAAGCCACCUUCCUCCGCCAAUCAGGCUCCCGUUGUUGGUGUUAAUGGGAGUAAACUGGCGGCCGACAGAGGCGGCGGCGGUGUGGUCGGUAAUAAUCCUCAUCACCUGGAUUUCUCCGCUUUGAGAGAGUUGGCUUGAUUUUAUAUAUGUAAUGUAAUUAGGUCCUCAUUUGUUGCUGGGUUUGGAUAUCCUGAUAAUAAACUACAAAUGAAGAUCGUGGUAGGUUUCUACUCUUUUUUCUUCUUUCUCAACUGUUAUUGCUGUGGCAGGCUUAAUCGUAUGUAUGUGUUCCUUGGAAAUUAUGAAGAAAUGAAGAAUCGGUUUGCUGAAUUAAUAUGUUGGUAUUACAAUGGUUUUACCAUGGAGGGAGGGUACUAGUGCUUCGAUCUUACCUCUUAAUUGAGGAAUUAACCCUAAUUAAUUGC